AUGACUGAGCUCCUGGGGAGGCGUUCAGGGUCCCUGGGAACGACUGAGCACCUGGGGAGGCUUUCAGGGUCCCUGGGAACGACUGAGCUCCUGGGGAGGCGUUCAGGGUCCCUGGGAACGACUGAGCUCCUGGGGAGGCGUUCAGGGUCCCUGGGAAUGACUGACCACCUGGGGAGGCGUUCAGGGUCCCUGGGAACGACUGACAGCCUCCACAUCAACAGGGAGAAGAUGCUCUGCAGCCUCCUGCUGCUCCUCCUCCUGACCUCCUGUGUCUCUGGAACACUCCAGAUGGAAAAGCCACAGACCUUCUAUCAGGCGGAGGAGAACCAGGAGAUCCUGCUGGAGUGGAUGAUCGAACCCGACCUUCCCCCCGAUGAUUUGAUAAUUUACUGCGAGAAGUCAGCUGAUCCCAAUGCACAGGUCCUGUUUCAUCUACACAAAGGUGUUGAGGACCCAAAGUCUCAGGAUGAACAGUUUGCAGGACGAGUCCAGUUUGACAAAGACGUCCUCGGUGAAGGUCGAAUCAGACUUCGUGUGUCCGGACUCAGGAUCAGUGACUCGGGUCAAUACACGUGUCAAGUGUUUAUGGAUAACGUCAGAACUCCUACAAACUCUGGCAAACUGUUGCUCAGCGUCAGCGCUGCUGAUGACCCCAAACCUCGGGGGUUGGCUCCGCAACCAGAGAAUCUGGACCAGGGAGCCUUGUCUACCGAGGAGAAGGGCCUGAGUCAGGGGAAGGUCGGCCUCUUCCUCGGACUGGCGGUGGCAGCAGCAGCUUCUGUGUGUCUCAUUGUCGAUUACUGUAUCCGCAUGCACACAUCCUUGUGUGAUCCUAAAUCAACUGAAAACCAACCAGAUCUAGUUGUAUAGAAGUGGAGUUUCUCAGAAACAACUGGUGAAGACUAACAGGACUCUGACUGAGCCAUCAGAACAUAAAGUAACAAUGAUAUCAACAAUUACAACGUGUACCCUGAGAGUUUCCUGAUGGAACGUGAAUCCAUUAUUCAUCUCAACGUCAUUCUCCAGCCUGACAUCUGCAACAUAACACACUGUGGACGUUGUGAAGGAAAUUUGGUGUUUCCUGCAUGGUGGGACAUGAGGUAGGCGGCGACCUACUUGAUAUUCAAGACACAAGGCAUUGUGGGAACUGACUCUGUGAACUUAACAAUUCUAACACCAUGAGAGAGGGGAACGUGUUGACCAGUGGGCUCUGUCCUGAUGUGAUGUUUAGGACAGGAAGAUAGGGCCGCAUUGAGUCUUGUUGAAGAAUCAAUGUUGGGAAAUACAACAGUCAUAAGUCGAGCGGUGUAUGGGACUUUGUUGUACUGUGAAAGAGCCAUCUGGGAUUGUGCGGUGUAUGGAACACGAAUGUGCUAAUAAAACCUGCUGAACAGAGUAUUGAGUGCUUUGUUUUUGGCCAGCUCACCCAUUAACUUAGUGCAGUUGUCAAAACUGCCACGACAACGUACUCUCAUGUCAGAGAUAAUUGUUUGCCUUGGAGUUUUCUUCAUAAUAUCGUCAAUGCAGAGUUGAUCAAAAAAGCUUUAGUUUGCAGAGUGAAAAGGAAAGUGAUCAUAGCACUGAAACAACUUAGGCCUCGUUCAGACUGCCAGCCAAAAUCUGAUUUUUAGCCCAUCCAGAUUGGAACUGGAUGGCUCUUUUGAAGUGGGAGGUCGUUUUAAAUCUCAUUAGGACAGAUGCGUCUCAGUCUGAACCUCCAAACACUCAGAUCGGUUCUGACUGUCCGUGACGUCACUCUAGCGUAGCGCGGAGAUGAGGUGUCCACCGGCCCGACGGGGGCGCCAUCCGCCCGGUUUUUCCCCUGGUGAUCUGAGAUAUUCUGCUCCUCUACUGGACAGUGAUGAGGCCAAUAUACUGAGGUGACCUGCCUCCAUCAUGUUUGUUGUUGUUGUUGUUGUUCUUGUCGCUGUCGCAAUUAUAUGACAUCUGACGCCGUUACUAUGGCAACCUGUCAGAUCAGUCAGUAAUGUGGCCCAGUCUGAACAGAGCCAUAUCCCAUUUGGACACUUGCUAAAAACAGUGUGGACAGUCAGCCCUAAAAAUCUGAUAUGAGAAGGAAUCUGAUUUGAAUCAGAUUCUCCUUCUGCUUGAUUGAGAUAUGAACAGCUCUGAUUUGGGAAAUCCCAAGUGUGCUCUUAUAUUAAAAGUGUUUUUCAUAACAGGAAAUUACAGGACAUUGAACCUUAGUUACACAGAAACAAUGACACGCCAACCUGAAAAGUAAAAAGAGAGAAACUGGGUGUUGUCUCUCAGUGUUGUUCUGACUUUUGGAUUCGUCUGACACCUUUGGCAUCUGAAUCUGUUUUUUGAUACUUGCUAAAUAAAUCCCGCACAAGGCUGCUAUUAGAAUCGACCUGGUCGUCAGUUGUUUUUCUUUAAAGAUUUUCUACAACACAGUCUGAACGCAGCCUUAAUUACAUUCCCUUUCCUGUAAAGAACACCUGUCCCAAACCAACCCAUUGACCUCUAUUAGUACCUAGUAAGAACAAAAAAGGGACACCAACAUCUGCUUUAAGUGUCCGCUUGUGAUGUUAAAUGUAUGUUUUAAUGCUUUAAAAAAAGUCUAGACUCAACCACACAAAACAUCAUGUGACUGGCAGCAUAUCUUAAAACAUAUUUAUCCUCUGUGGGAAAUCUGCUGAAUUGUACAGUUUAAAAUGUGUAAAUAAAUGUGUUUUUCUAAGAAGAGAAAAGUUGUUAUGGCUCUUGUGUGUACUUCAUCCUGAUGAAGCAGUUUAUGCCUUUCGUAUUCAGUAUUAACAACAAUCAAUCUGCCUCUGAUCUGAAACUCCCACUAAGA